UGAAGGGUAAAUGUUUAACGCAAGUUGAUUUUGCAGUCAUAUAUCCGUUAACCUGAAAGUUUUCUGCUGCGAUUUGAAGAAGAGCAACAGAGAAGAUGAAGAUUUUCAUCCUGACCUUUUCAGUUUGCUUAUGACUGUGAGGGACGCAACAUGUAUAGCUCCACACGUGGCGAAUGCCAAACCUGAAAAGAAGUUAGAAUCAUCCUAUGCAGGUGGACACACUGUUAGAUUUGUAUGUGACGGGAACUAUGAGUUUGAAGAAACAUCUUAUGCAGUUUGUGAUCAUGGAACAUGGUGGCUGCCAGUGUGCAAAGAAAAAAUAACGUGUCGUAAACCACAAGUGCAGUAUACAGAACCUGAGGAGUUAAAAGUCUCUUAUGACAUUGGAGAGACGAUUCAGUUUAGGUGCCGCCCCAGCUACAAGUUCGAAGGCAGUGAUAUUGCAGAGUGUGUAGACGGAUCCUGGAGGCUGCCAGUGUGUCGACGUCGAGGUGAAUUGAGGUGUAACCAACCACGUGUCCAAAACGGCCGUCUUGCAGUAGGUUCAGCAUGGAGCUAUGUUACAGGAAGCUCGGUCAAGUUUGUAUGUGACGACGGCUAUGAGUUUGAAGGAACACAUUAUGCACAGUGUAAUAAUGGACAAUCGAAGCUGCCUGUGUGUAAACAGAAAACUUGGUGUAUUCCUCCUAACGUGCCAAAUGCCCAGACUACAGGGGAGUUAGAUCCGUCCUACCCUCCUGGUUCCAGACUGUGGUUUAAGUGCAAAAGUCGCCUACGAGUUUGAAGGAGCAAGUCAAGUCGCAGUGUGCGAAGAUGGAAAAUGGAAUUUGCCGACGUGCAA